GCCUCCCGGACGCGCAGCGAGCUUUCGAUUCCAUGCCUCGCCGCGACGCAGUGUCUUGGAACACGCUGAUGAUGGGCUGCGCCGUGAAUGGAGAGAGCGAGACCACUCUCAAGCUCUUCGACGAUUUCAUCGCAGCUGGCUCGCUCGAUCAGACUUUGGAGGAACGGUGCUCGUCCAGGACUUUUGUGGCGGCUCUCAUGGCCUGCUCGGCUCUGGCUGAGAGGGAGAGAGGCAGCAGUGUGGAUGGGAGGAUCGUCAAGGCGAGGAGCUUGGAGAGAGGAAUGGCUGUUCACGCUCUCGCGACUAAGUGUGGCUGGAACUCCAACCUCUUCGUGGCCAACACGCUCAUUGGUUGACGCUCCCGAGCGUGGUGUCUUGGAACUCUCUCAUGCUGGGAUGCGUCGAGAAUGGUGACGAAGAGCUUGCGCUGGAGCUCUUCGAUCGAAUGCAGAUGCAAGAGGGUCUUGUCAACGCCCGGACUCUUGUGCCUGCGUUGAUGGCAUGCGCCUCUCUAGCCGUGACGCACAAGUGGAGGAAAGAAGCUUGCCUGGAGAGAGGCGCGGGACUGCACUCUCUGGCCGUGGAGCUGGGCUUUGUGUCGGAUGUCUACGUUGGAAGCACGCUGGUCAACAUGUACGCGAGCUGUGGGAGGCUCGACCGUGCUCGAGAGGUGUUUGAGAAGAUGAGGCAGCGGGAUGCUGUGUCGUGGACCACCAUGAUCCAGGGAUGCAUAGACAACGAGGAAGGGGAGAUGGCUUUGCAGCUGUUUCGACGUAUGAGCUCCUGCGAAGAUGGUGUUCUACCCGAUGGCUCCACCUACGUGGCGGUGUUAACGGCUUGCGCUGGCCUGGCUGCGAGAGAAGUUGGAUUCCAGUGCUCGUAUGAGGAUCCGGGAAAGCUGGUGAAGCUCCAGUCUUUGCAGAAGGGGAUGGAGAUUCACAGGCAGGCUUUAAAGUCCGGAUACUCUUCGGACUUCUUCGUGGCCAGCUCCUUGGUGGUGAUGUAUGCUAAGUGUGGAAGCAUGGCGGAUGCUCGGGCAAUCUUCGACAGGCUACCUCACUAUGAUGCGGUGUGCUGGACGGCGCUGAUACUGGGCUACGCGGAGAGCGACGAGGCCGAGCUAGCUUUGGAGCUCUUCUGGUGCAUGCAAAGAGAAGUAGGGUGUCUUCCGAGCUCUCGGACGUUUGUCACAGCACUGGUAGCUUGCACGGGACUGGCAGCAAAGGAUCAAGCGCAGCAGAUUGAUGGAAAGCUCGUGAAAGUCUCGUGUUUGGACAAAGGCAUGGCCAUCCACUGUGAAGCUGCGAAGUUCGGGUGGGAUUGUGACGUAUUCGUAGCCAGCAGUCUCGUCGACGUUUAUGGGAAGUGUGGAAGCGUGCUGGAUGCUCGGCUUACCUUUGACAGAAUGCCGCGGCAUGACACGGUGGUGUGGACAGCGAUGAUCCAGGCCUGUGGAGAGAAUGGAGAGGAUGAAGCGGCAGUGGAGUUAUUCCAUUGCAUGGAGACUCGGGGGCUGCUGCCAAACGCUCGGACCUCUGUCGCUGCGCUGAGUUCCAUUGCUUCUUUGGCUGCAAGGAAAGAGGAGGACUGCAGGGGUGCUGCUCAAGCGCUGCAAGUCGACAGGAAGAUUGUGGGGAUGGACUACUUGGAGAAGGUGAUGAGCAUCCACUCUCGCUGCCGCGACGUCGACUUUAUCAUGGAGAACACACUGAUUGACGCCUACUCCAAAUGCGGUAGCGUGAUGGAUGCCCGGAAGGUGUUCGACCGGAUGGAAAGCCACGACGUGGUGUCCUGGAACGCUCUCAUACUUGGGCUCGUAGACAACGGGGAAGCCGAGCUUGCGACGGAGCUGUUCGCACGCAUGACGCAGAACGAGAGCAGUCCAGCGGCGGCAGACACCCGGACUUUCGCCGCCGUGCUCACGGCUUGCAGCAGCUUGGCAGCCUUGGAGACUGGAAAGCUCGUCCACGCUCGCGUUUGCCGGCUGGGGGUGGAGUGCGAGCCAUACGUGUCCAACUGCCUGGUGGGACUCUACAGCAGAUGCGGGUCUAUAAGCGACGCCGAGGAGCUGUUUGGUUCCAUCAGCGACCGGAAGAAUGCGGUGGCAUGGUCGGCACUGCUAGCCGGAUACAGCAGCCAGGGAGCUUGCGAGAAAGUGUUUAGCUUGCUCGAAGGGAUGCGCAAGGAGGGCUUACAGGUGGAUGGAGUUGCACUGCUGGGGGUGCUGUCCGUGUGCAGCCAUGCCGGCUUGGUGGAGAAGGGGAAGGACUACUUCGCGGCCAUGCUUCCAAAGUAUGGCGUGGUGCCGGAGCUCAAGCACUACCACUGCAUGAUCGACAUGCUGGGAAGGGCCAACCUGGUGAGCGAAGCGGUGGCGAUGGUGGAGGCCAUGCCGUAUAGAGCAACGGCCAUGACUUGGACGAUCGUCUUGGCGGCGUGUCACAAGUGGAACAAUCACGCAGCUGGGAAUGCUGCUUUCCAGGCGCUGGUGAAGCUGGAGCCCGAGAACGCGUCGGCCUACCUGAUGAUGGCCAACAUCUACACGCAGCCACCGGGAAGUUGAUCUCUCUCGCGACGUUAUUCCAGUGACAGGCCGUUUACCGUUAUGACCCACUUCAGCUGAUAGUCGGUUGACAAAGAUUAUAUGAUUCUAGGAGGAUCUGAAACGCAAGAAGAAGGGCGUAGAACUCCUCCUGCCGGACAAACGUUUGUGUGUCAAGGAGCGAUAAAUGCUUGAAUGAAAAUUCUUUGACUUGUUC